AUGUUUUCAUCGAGGCUUCAUUCCGAGUCAUGUCCAAUGAAUCAACACGGAAAGAGUGAUGAUGUGUUGAAUAUUAAAUUACAUCCUUCCUCCAAUUCAUCAACAACUACAACACUCAAUAAUAGUACAUGUCAAAAUAACUAUGGCAGCAACAACAACAACACUUCUCCCAGUUCAAAAACAACAAGAAGAUCAUCAACCGAUUAUUCUUUAUCACCAUCCAUGGUACUGCUGACGAAUACACCAAAAAACCUUGAUACCAAAACACAACGAAGGCAAUCUUCCUCAGCGGCUUCUCUACUUUCCACAAGUAGUACACAUUCCGAUUCAAUAAUAUCUCUUUUUAAAAACAUGGGAAAGGGACUUUCAUCGUCCAACACGAGUAUAAAAAACAAGGAGGAUCACAACACUGUGGCUCAAAGUAAUGACUCACCAAAUUCAGUCAAAAAUCAAUUGUCACCACCAUCGUCAUCAACCAGACCAUUCUUUUCAUCACAAACAAAUAUUAUUAAUUCUCCGUCACGUAAAAAUUACUUCAACUUUGACGAAACAAAAUAUGAAAAUUCUUGCAAGAAAGCCAUCGAAGCUGGAGAACCUAUUUUAAAGAUAACUCUGAAGGACGCAAAGGACAAGAAACUUGCUACAGGUCAAUUGUAUUAUUAUGUAGAAAUUGAAAUAUUGCAAUCAUCAAAAAGAGAAUGUUUAAAAAGCUGUGUUAAACAAGGAGAAGAAACUGUGACAUGGAACGAAGAGUUUUAUGUCUCAAUUUCUCCCUCGAUAGAAGAGACAUUUUCUAUUUCUCUUUGGUCGUCUAUUGAUGCCACCACCACAGAAAAUGCUCAACGGAUAGGUCAAUCUCAAUUCGACACUAAAACUCUUGUGAAAGGGGAAGAAAAAUUAAUAGCUAUAACCUUGAGCAACAACAGUACUAUUCUGGAAAUUUCAUUGACACCAUUUAACUUUGGAGUUGUUGCUCCACAUGAACCUCAUUCGCCGCACGAUGACAUUCCAAUCGCUGCUAAACCUGUUGAUGGUGUUUAUAAUUCUAGAUAUAAAGUUUGUGGCCGAAUAGGAAAAGGUAAUUUUGGAACUGUGGUGAAAGUGAAAGACUUGCAAGAUGGAAAAGAAAAAGCCAUGAAAAUUGUACCAUGUUCCAAUCUUAGCGAAUCAAGUCAAGCGUAUCGAGAAGCCACAACAACAAAACAAAUUAAGCAUGAAAAUCUUGUUGAAUAUUUGGAUAUCUUCAUCAGCAGGUCUGAAGUUCCAGGAACAAACAUUACACAAUUUGAUAUAUGUCUAGUCAUGCCAAUUUAUGUAAAGGGAGAUUUAUAUGCAAUGGUAGAUGCUCGAUCCUCCACGACGGGAAAGCGAUAUAUUACCCCAAAUAUGCUUGUAGAGAAGAUUUAUGAAUUUGCAAAGGGGUUGGAAUGCUUACAUUUGCAUAAUAUUGUUCACAGAGAUAUGAAGUUGAAAAACACCUUUUUUGAUGAAACAUACAGAGUCAAAAUUGGAGAUUUUGGAUUUUCGAGAUUUGUACAUGAUGGAGAGAAAGCUCAUACUAUUUGUGGCUCACCCAAUUACACAGCUCCAGAAAUUGAAAAUUCUGCUGGAUAUGGCAAAGAAGUUGAUAUUUGGAGCUUGGGGGUGAUGAUUUAUGAAAUGGCCACACUUAAUAUCAAGAGAUCUCAUCUUUCAGCCAGAACAGAUUUCGAAUCAUACAUUAGUACAUUGUGUUCAGAAGUGAUGCAGGCUUACAAAGACAAAUCAAUUCAUGAACCUCUGAUAGAACUGCUUAAAGGAACAAUUGCUCUUAAUCCUCAAGAUAGAUGGAGCGCAUCUCAAUGUGUGCUGUUUCUUAAAAAAUUGAGAGAGCAAAUAAACGUAACCAAGUAA